AUGUUGACAAAGCUUCUCUUAGUUGUGGCUGUGGCCUACGUGGCUGCUCAGGCCAACCAUGAACAGCAAGCGGCAGAGUUUCUGCAGAGGUUCGAUGAGGAUGCCACCAGGCUGAUGUAUCAGUACUCACUUGCAUCAUGGGAAUACAACACGAACAUCACCACUGAAAAUGCUGAGAAGCUGUCUCAGCAGGGUGAAAUAUGGUCUGCCUUCUACAGCAACGUGUCAGAGGAAUCCCAAGCAUUUCCUAUUGAUAAAAUAAAUGAUGCAACAAUUAAAGUGCAGCUGAUAGCACUUCAAGACAAAGGAUCCGGGGCCUUGUCCAAGGACAAAGCAGAUCAUCUCAACAAGGUGAUGGGUGAGAUGAGCACCAUCUACAGCACGGCCACAGUAUGCAAAGUCAACGAUCCGUUUGACUGUCAAACUUUGGAACCAGGUCUGGAGGCCAUAAUGGCACACAGCAAGGACUACUACGAGCGUCUGCAUGUGUGGGAGGGAUGGAGAGUGGAGGUGGGGAAGAGGAUGAGGCCACUCUAUGAGGACUAUGUGGAUCUGAAGAAUGAAGCCGCCAAAUUGAACGGCUAUGCAGAUUAUGGGGACUACUGGAGAGGAAACUAUGAAACUAUAGAUGAUGGCAAAUACAAAUACACCCGAAAUGAACUCAUGACAGAUGUUCGCCGCAUAUACCAGGAGAUCCUGCCUCUGUAUGUGGAGCUACAUGCCUAUGUGAGAAGCAAACUGCAGCUGGUUUACCCUGGUCACAUUGACUCCCAGGGGGGUCUUCCUGCUCACCUAUUAGGUGAUAUGUGGGGGAGAUUUUGGACAAACCUUUACCCACUGUCAGUUCCUUAUCCUCAUAAACCAACCAUUGAUGUGACCGAUGCUAUGGUCAGUCAGGGCUGGACAGUAAACAGGAUGUUCAAAGAAGCAGAGAAAUUCUUCAUGUCAGUGAACCUGUACCAGAUGUUUGACAACUUCUGGACUGAGUCCAUGUUAGAGAAGCCUGAUGAUAGAAAAGUUGUGUGCCACCCUACUGCCUGGGACAUGGGCAACAGAAAGGACUUCAGGAUCAAAAUGUGCACUAAAGUGAACAUGGAUGAUUUCUUGACUGUUCACCAUGAAAUGGGCCACAACCAGUAUCAGAUGGCAUACCGCAAUUUGUCUUACCUGCUGCGAGAUGGAGCCAACGAAGGAUUCCAUGAGGCUGUGGGUGAAAUCAUGUCCCUGUCUGCAGCCACCCCGAAACACCUACAUGCCUUGGGUCUCCUGGCUCCAGAUUUUACAGAGGACAGCGAAACAGAGAUCAACUUCCUGCUGAAACAGGCUCUCACCAUUGUGGCCACGCUGCCCUUCACCUACAUGCUGGAGGAGUGGAGGUGGCAGGUGUUCCAGGGAACCAUCCCCAAGGAUGAAUGGAUGCUGAGGUGGUGGGAGAUGAAGAGAGAUCUUGUUGGAGUGGUUGAGCCUUUGCCAAGAGAUGAGACAUACUGUGACCCUCCAGCACUGUUCCAUGUUUCCAGUGAUUACUCCUUCAUCAGAUACUUCACAAGGACUAUCUACCAGUUCCAGUUCCAAGCAUCUCUCUGUGAGGCUGCUGGGCACACAGGACCUUUGUUCAAGUGUGACAUCACCAACUCCACAGUAGCUGGUGACAAACUCAGGGCCAUGCUAGAGUUGGGAAAAUCCAAGUCAUGGACCAGAGCUCUGGAACAAGUGUCAGGGGUCACCAGAAUGGACUCCCAGCCCCUGCUGGACUACUUUAAUGACCUGUUUCUCUGGCUAAAGAAAGAGAAUGCUAAAAAUAACAUUACACCAGGAUGGAGGAACACAAUAGACCCAUGUAAGUUGACAGACACCUAUCUGUCAGAUUCAGCAGAUGCUUUCAAAGUGCGGUUGAGUCUGAAGACUGCAAUGGGUGAUGAGGCGUACCAGUGGAAUGAAAACGAGUUGUAUCUGUUCAGAGCCACCAUGGCGUACGCCAUGCGCCAGUACUACGCCCAGGAAAAGGGGAAACAAAUGAACUUUGUCUCAGACAAUAUCCACACUUACAAAUUAACUCCAAGGGUCUCCUUCUACUUUAUUGUCACUGAUUCCACUGACCAAAUGAAGACUAUUCCAAAGGCUGACGUGGAAGCAGCCAUUCGGCUGUCUAGAGAACGGAUCAACAGCGCCUUCCGGCUUGAUGACGCAACACUGGAGUUUGAGGGUCUCCUGGCAACCCUGUCCCCGCCUGUGGAGCCCCCAGUGACUGUGUGGCUAGUGGUGUUUGGGGUGAUAAUGGGAGUGGUGGUGUGUUUGGGAGCGUACCUUAUCUUCACUGGGGUCAAUGAAAGGAAGAGGUGA